AAUAUAAAAGUGAUUUCUAGGUUAGAAAUGUGAAUGGGGCUUUUGUAAUGGAUAGUGUUUCUUUAAGUGUAUUUUCGUGACAAUAUUGUCCUCUUAAAAAUGUAACAUAGAUACAUUACUUUGUUCUUCCUCGUUAACUACAAAAAACCUAUAAUUUCACGUCCCCCUGCCUUUCUUAUUUCUUAAGAAAAACCAAAUCUAGACAAACGCCAGUUAUUGUUAAAAUGGAUUUAAAUGUUACCUCAGAAAAGCACGGCUACAAGAAUCGAAGGGAUACGAGGGAAGCACAAGCAGAAUAGCGAGCAGGACUUGUGAAUGGUGCAAUGUAUUUGAGGAGUUUGUUGAGAUAAAUGAAUUUUCAGAGAGGACGCAUGGUGGCGCCACAGGAUAAGAAGGAUACGAGAGAACUGCCGAUGCCUUGGACUCCAUUACUCAGCGAGACAGCAACAGAGAGGCUGACAGAAACGGGGUGAAUUUGUCAACGGAGCUGGGGUAGGGUCGGGGUCUUCAGCAAGGGCCACAAGCAACACAUCGAAAAGAUUGGGAAACCCUGUUAGGAAUAUUACAAGGUUUUGAUCCCGUAUUGCCGUGAAGAGAUCUCACAUUUGUGGAAAUUAAGGACCCUUUCGCAGCAGGAACAAUGGGAGCCAAAGGGGAGAUUAUUCGGCGGAUAAGGCAAGUUGCAUUUCUUAUUAUUUCCUUUAAUAUUUCGGAAAUCAUGUCAGAUUUGGUCCAGUAUUCCGUAUUGGAGGAAAUGGAAAGCGGCUCCUUUGUGGCUAAUGUCGCAAAGGACCUGGGACUGGAUAUUGGUGAUCUGUCUGCUCGGGAGCCUCGGAUCGUUUCCAAAGCUGACAAACCGAAUUUUCAUCUCAACCGUCAGACAGGGGAUUUGUUCUUAAAGGAGAAACUCGACCGGGAAGGUUUGUGUGGUCAAAGCGAGUCCUGCCUGGUGCGUUUCCAAAUAUUAUUGAAAAAUCCUUUAGAGCUUUAUCAGGCUGAGAUAUCAGUGGAUGACGUUAAUGACCAUUCUCCUGUUUUUCUGGACAUUAAUAUGACUCUGAAUAUACUAGAGAAUAGUCCUGUGGGAUCGGAAUUCGAAAUUCAAAGUGCGCAGGAUUUUGACGUAGGAAAGAACAGCCUCCAAGAAUAUGCCAUCAGCCCCAACUCCUAUUUCCACAUUUCCACACGCAAUCAAAGUGACGGCCAGAAAUUCCCAGAGCUGGUGCUGGAUAAAGCACUAGAUCGGGAAGAAGAGGCUGAGAUCCAUUUAACCAUCACGGCCCUAGAUGGCGGGUCUCCACCUAGGUCUGGAACUGCCAAGGUUCACGUAUUUGUUGUGGAUGUUAAUGACAAUGCCCCCGAAUUCUCUCAAAAGCGAUACGAGGUUCAGAUUCCCGAAAACAGUCCUCUGGGCUCAGUGGCUGCAGCCGUCUCCGCCAAUGAUUUUGACAUAGGCGUCAAUGGGGAAAUAUUGUACAUGUUUUUCCAUGCCUCAGAAGAAAUUCGUAGAACCUUUCAAAUUAAUACAAAUUCGGGGGAAAUUCGAGUAAUAGGACCAUUGGAUUUUGAGACUAAACAAUCAUAUGAGGUCCACGUUCAAGCUAAAGAUGGAGGGGGACUUUCUGGCAAGUGCACUGUCCGUUUUCAGGUGGUUGACAUAAACGACAACAUCCCCGAGCUCACCAUAUCAUCAGUAAUCAGCCCCAUCCCUGAGAACGAUCCCGAGACCGUGGUGGCUAUAUUCAGCGUAUCAGAUCGCGACUCCGGAAACAACGGUAGAAUGGUUUGCUCCAUACAAGACGAUCUGCCUUUCAUUCUCAAACCGACGUUCGAGAAUUUCUACACCCUUAUGACGGACCGACCCCUGGACAGAGAGAGCCAGUCCCAAUACAACGUUACAAUCACUGUCACCGAUAUGGGAUCUCCGAGCCUCAAAACAGAGCAAAAUAUAAUCGUCCUGAUAUCCGAUGUCAACGACAACCCCCCUGUGUUCAAUCAAACAUCCUAUACCCUUUAUAUCCGGGAAAACAACAGCCCCGCCCUACAUAUCGGCAGUGUCUGUGCCGUGGACAGCGACUCGGGGAAGAACGCCAGAGUGACCUACACGCUGUUGCCCCCGGAGUCCGGCGACCUUCCCCUGCCCUCCUACGUCUCCAUCAACUCGGACAAUGGCAAUCUCUACGCCCUGAGAUCCAUGGAUCACGAAGCCAUUCGGGAGUUCCAGUUUGAAGUAAGAGCGGUUGACGGCGGCUCUCCAGUCCUGAGCAGCCAGGCGACGGUUCGGGUGGUGGUCCAGGAUGACAAUGACAACAGUCCCUUCGUCCUGUAUCCUCUGCAGAACGGCACGGCCCCCUGCAAUGACCUGGUCCCCAGAUGGGCGGAGGCCGGCUACCUGGUGACCAAGGUGGUGGCGGUGGACGCGGACUCGGCUCAGAACUCUUGGCUUUCCUUCCAGCUGCUCAAGGCCACGGACCCUGGACUCUUCAGCGUGUGGCCCCACAACGGGGAAGUCCGAAUCACGAGGCUCAUCACCGACAGAGACCCCGUCAGGCAGAGACUCGUUGUUCUGGUGAAGGACCACGGGGAGCCCCCUCUGUCCACUGCAGCCACUCUUCAUGUGCUUCUGGUGGACGGCUUUUCAGAACCCUACUUACGGCUCCCAGAGGUACAGAUGGACAGUGAACCGGAGGACUCUAUCACGGUGUAUCUUGUUAUUGCUCUGGCCUCUGUCUCAUUCCUUUUCCUCUUCUCGGUGAUCGUGUUUAUCACCAUGAGAUUGUGGAGCAGGAGGAGAGAGGCCGCAGAUGCGACCAGCCUGGGUCCUGAAGGCCUUUUUCCAGGGCAUUUGGUAGAUGUGAAUGGUACCGGGACUCUGUCCCAUAGUUACCGCUAUGAGGUUUGUUUGUCUACUGGUUCGGGAACUAGCGAGUUCCAAUUUCUCAAACCAGUCAUUCCCAGCCUCCAUGCCCAGGAUCCUGGAAACCAUCAGGAAGAAAAUCCGUCAUUUCGCAAUAGUUUGGGCUUUAAUUAGAAAGAACUCCUAGAACGAGUGCUUUCUGGAGGAAUGAUUGUGUUCAUUUGUCUACAUUUUUUCCAUCAUUUUUAUUUCCAGCGUUAGUAGUGUUUUGUUUUAGGUUACAAAUUUUAUAAAUCUUUAUAAAAUUUUCUCGCAUAUUUCUAUUCUAAUGCAAAUAUCU